UUAAGCCUCCUACACAACUGUUUCUGUUUCAAUUAAUCACUGUGUUUUAACCUACUGUGACAGUGUGGCGAUCUGUCAUGCUGGGAUUCUCAACAAGGCAGGUUGAGGGGCUCCAGGGUAUUUGUUUGAUGCAGAGGAAAGCAGCUUUUCACUUUCCUCAUGUCUUUGUAAAGUCCAUUUUGGGACCUGGAGCCUGGAGAUUUCAAAGUUAUUUGGGAGGGAUGAAUUCUCCAGUCCUCGGCCCAGGUUUUGGGAAUGGCCAGGAGACUGAUUGGUCAGGUGUGCAUGGC